AACAAAAACUUAUCCCGCGAUUGUAAAAUCAAAUAAAAAUUGUCAAAAGACAGAGGAAAACCCUAACUGCUCUGCUCCCCGCUUCUUUUUCUUCUUCUCGCCGUCGCCGUCUCCUCAUCCGUUUAACCAGUGCCGCCGCCCCGCCGUCGUCUUUCUCCUGUUCUUGCCACCGCAGACUUCUUCCUCUAAGGAGUUUUGCUCUGGUUUUCUACUCUGUUGUUGCAGAGGCAGGCAUUUCCUCAUGCCAUGAGAGUUUCUUCAGGAGCCAGAUGCUACAAAUCAUUUCACUCUUCAAACUUCCACCGGACGUGUCCAAAACUUCCAAUAAACUCUAAUUGGGUUAGUUGUACAGUUUCUUCAUCUGGGUCAUGUCAGAGCUUUCAUGUUAAUUUCUCUCUGGCCAACCUUAUGAGCCUUUCAAUUCGUAGUCAACAUUGCUCUCCAGAAAUUAGGAAAUUAGUAAGCCGCAAAUUGAGCUUACCUGCUUUGACCAUUGAAUCUUCUCUGAAAUCUCGAACUUAUUCGAGCUCCCAUUCAAUUAAAGACGAAGGAGUGAAAUCUAGGGAUAAGCUUCCUUGGUUAGCAGCAACAAACAGUUUUGAGAAGGCGAGAUGGUCGGAUAAAUCAACAACAAAGAAGAGAGGGGAUCGAUCGUCGUGGAAGGAAUCAAAUUCUGGGUCAGAAAAGAAGACAUUUGGGAAAAGGGGUAAUAGGGCAUCUGGGGAUGAACCAGAAAAGAGAUAUGGCAAAGCACCUGUUGGAAGCACUUACCGUUCUUCUUGGGAGGUCUCUGCAGAGAAGUUUGCUACACAACGCAUGGAGUAUGCAGAGGAAAGAAGAGAAAGUAGGAGGGGAAGAGUUGAUAAUGAGGAGCAGCGAAACCGUGAUGUGGAAGUAGAAGAUGAAGAAACGGAGGCCAUUGCUGAUCCGAGAUGGGAUAAGAUCAAAACUAAAUUUGAGAGACCUGAGUUUCAGAGAUGGAAUAAACAGGAAAGCUGGAGUAGAAAAACAUGGAAGGAAGCUUCUGAAUCCACUCUGCCUAAAAUGGUUGGUGAAGGUGUUUAUGGGGUUGGACCAGUGUUGGCUGCUUUGUCAGCUGGAAGAAGAGAGUUCUAUGCAUUGUAUAUGCAAGAAGGACUCGACUUGAACAACAAUAACAAGAAGAAGAAAGACAAGAAAGGGUUUGAGAAAGUUCUUAGGUUGGCUGAAAGGAAUGCGUUAACCGUAAAGGAAAUAUCGAAGCAUGAUUUGAAUAUGCUUUCGGAUAACCGUCCACAUCAAGGUCUUGUGCUAGACGCCUCUCCCUUGGAAAUGGUAAAAAUAAUGGAGUUGGAUCCUGUCUCACUUGAAGAAGACAAAGGCUUGCUAUGGUUAGCGUUGGACGAAGUUACAGACCCUCAAAACUUGGGGGCGAUAAUAAGAUCGGCUUAUUUCUUUGGUGCGUCGGGGGUUGUGUUAUGUGCAAAGAAUUCAGCUCCAUUAAGUGGUGUUGUUAGUAAAGCUAGUGCUGGUUCGCUCGAGUUGAUGGAGCUUAGGUAUUGUAAGAACAUGAUGCAAUUCUUAACAUCCUCGGCUGAGAACGGUUGGCGAGUCCUUGGAGCUUCGGUUUCUUCUAAAUCCAUUGAUUUGGAAGAGGUACCACCGGGGGCACCAACAAUCCUAGUGUUGGGCAGUGAAGGCACUGGUUUGAGGCCCUUGGUGGAGAGAUCUUGUUCACAGCUUGUUAAAAUACCUGGGAAUAUUCCAGUUGAUAUAGCAACGGAUAAAGAAAAUGACAACGAAACAACACAACCAACAAAGGAAAGCUCGGUUGACGAGUUUCGAUCCUUCAUGGCUGUGGAGAGCUUAAACGUCAGCGUUGCAGCAGGCGUGCUUGUUCACCACCUAAUUGGAAGCAAUUACAAGAAUGAAUCGUAUGAAACCUCCUCUAUUUAACACAUUCAUUAUUAUUAGAGUAGAUCCAUUCACUUUUAGUUCCCAGUUGGUGUUGCAGUCGAAUGAUGUGGGUUUUAUGAUUUCUUA